AACUAUAUAAAGAGAGCGCGCAAAACGCGAGGCUGAGUUAGCAUUUUUAAAAGCGCCGAUAAAGCAAUGUCGCUCGUUUACGUACUAUCAAUAGCGUUUUGCGCGAUCAACCUAGUCACGGUCCACGCCGAGGAUGUCGCUCUUCCUUCCUCGGUGAAAACAUGCAAAAAGGAUUCUGAUGACUAUUCGUCCUGUUUGCGACUCGCUCUGCAGGAAUCCUGGCCAAUAUUUGUUCAAGGAAUUCCGGAAUUGGGCGUUCCCUCCCUCGAGCCAUUCGUCGUCGAAUUCCAAAGCGGCAAUUACAAAGUAGGCGAAGUAUCUGGGCAGAUAGUUACGAAAAACAUCAGGUCGUACGGGCUCGCAAAAACUCGUUUCCUCUCCGUCAAACCUCAGCACGAUACCAAGGGCCGUUUCUCCCUCGAAAUUGAUUCCGAGAUGAGCAAAGUUUUCGUUGAGGGAGACUACAAAGCGGAGGGAGCGGUCGGCAGCUUCAGGGUUGGAGGAAAAGGUCACUUCAACAUUUCGAUGGAGGAUGUUCGAUCCGUUUGGGAGAUCGAGGGACCGGUCGUUAAUGACAAAUGGAUCAUCGAAACUUUCCGUUUGACUCCUGACGUUGGAAAAAUGAAGAUUUGGGCGAGUGACCUUUUCAACGGCAACGAAGAAUUGACUAAAGCAGCGUUGGCAUUCGCAAACGAAUACUGGCCGGUGUUCUACCGGGACAUGUUGCCAUACGCCGCGGAGACUUGGAACCCUUAUCUUCGUGAUCUCGUUGGAAAUAUAUUUUCGAAGCUCUCGUUUUCCAAGACAUUUCCAUGAGCGAAGAAUUUUGUGUAAAUCGACGAGUAAAGAUGAAAAGAAGCAAAUAAAUAUUGAAUAACUUUCGUGAUUACGUCCAAAAAUCUCAAGCUGCGAUCGACGGCCGAUCGUAUCGCUGCUCCAAGGUCUUCCGCCAGCAGGAAAAAAAGCGUGCAUAUCAAAACAAACGGAUUGCUACACUUCGGACAAAGGCUUAUCAUUUUGCUCAAUGAUUCGUUAGAUUUUUCCUUAUUGCGUGUGUGCUAAAGACUGAUGUCAUUUUGUUAUAAACGAAAUUCAAAGAUAUCUGACACGAAAGCUUUAUACGCGCAUCAACGAUGGUCUCUCUCCGUCAUUUUUAACUUCAACGAAGCCGCGUAAUCCAAGUUUUAGUGGCUUGCUCAAACAGUGCAUAUUUCUAUUGAAAUGUGACAUGUGUAAAGACCGAACAUCGUAUGUACAGACCAAAUAAAAACAAAACAAACAUA